GAAGAAGAAGAAAAAGAAAGAGAAGCGACAAGAGAAAGAGACGAGAGAGUAUAACGCUUCAGAAAAAAAAAAAACAAAAAACACCACACCGAAGAGCCUUUGAUUCAUUUCAAAAGCGCUCAAUCUCUCUGUCUCUUCGUUUCAAAACCCUAGCCUUUUUUGUGCACCAAUUUGGAUAUCGUCCAUGGCGUCCGCGUUGGCUCCACGGCUACCAUUGUAAAUUUACCAUUUCGCCCUCAGACUCGCCGGAAAAUGGCGGAAAAUCCAACGCCGCCGCCUCCGCCGCCGCUUAAUCUGACGCUAUCGUAUUCGGCUAGGGUUUCAGUUUCAGUGAGCUCUAUGAGGAGCUCGACAUAAACACAAAAACCAAAAAAAGAAAAAAAGUAUUUCAGGACCGUCCGAUCAGUGCAUUUGAUUUCAUCUGUUCGUUGUAUAUAAUUAGAGGAGAGAAAGCGAGGGCCGUUGGAUCAUUGCGGCUGCUGUAGCUAUGGCGAAGGGAGGUUACUUCUUGGAGAAGGUUCGCAGAUGCGUACGGACUGUGUUCUUCAUGGUGGCGAUGGUGGCGUCGCUGCUGGUGUCGUCGCUCCCGGUGCUGGUGGCGAUAGGGGACAUGUUGGUGCCGUGCGUGUUGAUUUCGAGCUUCACGUGCGUAACGUGCUACGGAUUCAAAGAGCAUUUGCAUCGAUACGCCUUCAAGAGCUCGCUCACCGAUAUUCCUCUUGUUUCCUUUAUCAGAUCUCUCAUCAUUACCUGUGUGUAUUCCAUGUGCGAUGGCCCUGCUCUCUCACACGGUCCAUACCUUGGAACUGUGACUUUCUGUUCCUUUAUCUCAAUUCUUCUUCUUUCAGUUAAAGCUUGUCUUUUCACUGUAAAUUCUCAAAUAGAGGCUGAAGCUUCGUCUUCCCUCUCAAGGCAGAAGCUCCAUUUAAAGAAGUCAUGGGGAAUGCCUGUCUUGUUUCUCUCAUCAGUAGUCUUUGCCCUUGGACAUACUGUGGUUGCUUAUAGAACAAGCUGCAGAGCAAGGAGAAAGCUCAUGUUUCACCGAGUUGAUCCAGAAGCUGUAAGUUUGCAUAAGGUCCUUUCAUGCAAAAAUGUCUUCUCUGGCUAUCAGAAGGUCCCAAGAUCUCCCACUCCUUCGGGAGGAAAAACCCCAAAAAGUGACAGUGAAUUGAGGCGUAAGCCUUUUUCUACAGCUCGAGAUGAAGGGGAACUCCCAGUCAGAGUAAUUGCAGAUAUUGACAGCUUAUUCAUUAUGUGCCGGGGGCUUACUCUUCAUUACAAGCUUAGCUUUCCUGGUUCACCACCUCGUUCCUUGUCAUCCAUUGCAUUUUUGGAACCCAGUCUCAGCUGCAGCUCCCCAAAAACGGUCAUGGGGAGGCCAAAACUAGAUAGGCAUCCCUUAAGUUUGGUAUCGAAAGGCCAAAACCAUCUCCAUAGGAGCUACAGCAAUCAAUUUAAUGGCUCAUCUCUCUUUGUACCUUUAUUGGAUGGUUCUACAAUAUCUCCUGUUCUUUCUGAAGAGAUUCCUGUCUUGAGAUUGUCCAAUGCUGGUGAAGACGAUGAGGGUAGUAAAUUAAGUUCUGGUACUCUAAAUAAAGACAUGGAAGGUAGUGGUCAGUUUGGUAUUGUUUUAGUCCAUGGGUUUGGGGGAGGAGUCUUCUCAUGGAGGCAUGUGAUGGGGACCCUGGCUCGGCAAGUUGGUUGUACAGUUGCUGCUUUUGAUCGCCCCGGUUGGGGCCUAACCUCAAGGCUACGACGGGAAGAUUGGGAGGAUAAAGAAAUGCCUAACCCUUAUACACUUGAAUCUCAGGUUGACCUGCUUCUUUCAUUCUGCUCUGAGAUGGGGUUUUCUUCAGUGGUGCUUGUUGGUCACGAUGAUGGAGGUCUUCUAGCUUUGAUGGCUGCCCAAAAAGUACAAGCAUCAGUGAAUUCUUUCAACGUUAUAAUUAAAGGCGUAGUACUGUUAAAUGUCAGCUUGUCAAGAGAAGUGGUGCCUGCUUUUGCGAGGAUACUCUUGAGAACUUCACUUGGGAAAAAGCACUUGGUUCGCCCUUUACUGCGAACAGAAAUUACUCAAGUGGUGAAUAGGCGCGCCUGGUAUGAUGCUACAAAGUUAACAAUGGACGUUUUGAGCCUUUAUAAGGCCCCUCUAUGUGUAGAAGGAUGGGACGAAGCACUGCAUGAGAUAGGUAGACUGUCAUAUGAAACAUUUCUUUCACCGAAAAAUGCAGAAUCAUUGCUGAAGGCAGUUGAAGACAUGCCAGUGUUGGUCAUAGCAGGGGCUGAGGAUGCUCUCGUCUCUCUUAAAUCUUCUCAAGCUAUGGCUUCCAAACUUGUAAAUUCUAGACUGGUUGCGAUAUCCGGAUGUGGCCAUCUUCCUCAUGAAGAGUGUCCCAAGGCAUUACUUGCUGCAAUAUCACCCUUCUUAAGCAGACUCUUAAGCAAACAAGACAUGCAUAGCCAAUAGUGUACCUUCUUUUUAACUUCUAAUUAGGGUUUUCAUCUAUUGUAGGUUUUCGUUUUUCUUACCUUUUUUUAAUUCUCUGUUUUCUUGUUAAGCAAUUUAGUCCAAAAGAAGAGAGUAAGGUUAUCUCUUCUUCUUGGUAUUUUUGAUGUGUUAGUUUGGAGCCUUACCCAUACCUACAUUCUUUAGGGUUUUAGAGCUCAUCACUUGUAAUCUUCAUAUCCUUUUAUUCCAUUUUUUUUUCUCCUUUCGAAAUGCUUUUAUUUAUUUUAUUUUAUUAAUCUAUUGUUGUUUGAUCAGUACUUGUCAUUUCCCACUCAAGUGGGGGUCGAAGAUAGCAUCAUAUAUUUGUACAUUUAUCCAAA